AUGAACAUUAAAAUUGUAGAAGACCAAAGUGAAUGUUCUGGAAAGUCAAUGUAAGCUCAGGGGACUAUUGACUAUGAUGAUGAAACGUUUAUUCUAAGAACCAUAUCAAUAACUGAUAAAAACUCAAGAACUAGAGUUUAUCAAAUUUGCUUUGAAGUUUAUAAUUUCUUUAGCUUUGCUAAUUUAGCAGGAAAAAAUAAUUAAUAAUAAGAUGACAAUUAUUGUUAAUAUAAAGGAAUUAAUUUUUAACCAGAAAUUCACUCCAACCUUUGCCCAAUUUCAGAAUUUUUUAUUUCUGAUUAAAAUCAAGAAGAAAGUUAUGAAAAAGUUGAGAUAAGUAAAGAUUCAAACUUUAGCUUGUUUAUUAAAAGAAGCAAUCCUCAUUACACUCCUGCUGUGGACAUUAAAUUCUUAAAAGAAAAUCAAGAGCAUCUACCCUAAAGUGAUACAAAUAUUUCUUUCUAAAUUAACAGCUUUGAAAAAAAUUAAAAUAUAAGCGAUAAGUAGAGUACCCCACUUUUUGUAAAAAUUUAUAUAGAAAACUAAAUAUCAUUAGAUUCCUAAUGCUAUUCUGCUCUUCUGUUCUUUGAUAGCUAUGUACUAUACUCUAACUCCACUUUAUUCAAAUUAAUUGUUUUGACUGGAAAUGUUCUCCUAUUCAUUACCUUUUUAUUUAUCUCUACUGUCUUAAUAAAAGAAAAGAAAAACUUAAAGUACUGUGUUUAUAUUUUUUAAGCUUUGUCUAUACUAGAUCUUUACAGUUUUUAUCCUUUACACUAAGAUUUGUCAUAUAUCAAAACCUCUAUAAAAGAUAAUUGCUUUUUAGAGUAUAAUCCUCUAAGAAGUAUUUAUGAAAAAGCUAACUAAUUUAACAAUUUUUACAUUUUCUACCUCAUUUUUAUGAUAGCAAUUAUUGCUUUACCUUUUAAAAUAAAAAUCAGUAAUAAGAAAUCCAAAAGAUUUCAUGACGAAAAUGCACUCAUUUAUGAAAUGGCAGCAGCCUGA